AACACACCUUUUUUAAAUUACAUUUAUUGUAUAAUUAGACAUAUACCUAAAUGAUCGAACACUCAUAACACUACACUAUACCACAAGCCAUACACUAAGAUUAUAAGACAAUGAAGCUCUACAUUCUUGUGACCCUGGUGGUAAAUAUUUGCUUGGCUGUUUGUACUCCAGUCAUUACAGAUACGUCACUCAACAACGAUACCAAGACAACUUUGGAUAAUGAGACAGUGCCUUUGUCUCCGAUAGAUCAACCAGAAUCGCAAGCCAGUGAUUCAGCAUAUAGGCUAUAUACAAGAGGGCCUUGUCCCUAUGGCUUUAUAUACAAUGCUAACCAGAGGACCUGCUAUUCUCUCAACACCAAUAACCAAGGAGUAACCUGGUUUGAGGCACUGUCCUUCUGCAUGUCAAUGCAUGCUAAUCUUGUUGCAAUAGAGUCUGAGCAAGAGCAACUGUACAUAUUAGGCAUGCUUCGCCACUUUGAACAUGGGGACUCUACUGUAUGGACUGGCGGCAACACACUGUCUAAACAUGGUAACUGGUUUUGGGCAGGAGGCCUACAUGCCCCACAAAAGCGCUUCACAUACACAAGAUGGGCACCUGGUGAGCCAAGUAACCAUGAUAACCAUAAUAAUUGGGAAAAGUGUGUCUACUUGGAGAGUAAAAAAGAGCACAAAUGGAACGAUGAUAGCUGUUACAGGAAACUUUACUUCAUUUGUGAAAGGGGUGUCAAAUAGCAAGACUUUUAUGAUGCAAGUGUGGAACUGUUACAACAGAACACACAUCAUAUAUACUGUACUGUAAAACAUUUUGAUUUACUGCAUUCAAGUUCUUGUCUAGUUUUCAAUGACAAACUAACUUAUUUGCAGCAUGGUAAUUUCACAAACUUAUUGUUUUUAAAAGUAAAUUCAGGACACAUGCACAAACAACAUAUUUACAGCUCAGCUGAUAACUAUUACUACUACCCUGCGAAUAAAGGAUGAUGAAGGCGAAGUUCUCUUUUAAGAAGCGACAUUGAAUGAAGGCAAAAACUUCUAAGUUUUACUUAGAAUAAUAUCAGUCUAUCAUUACACCUUCAAUGUUACCAUGACUUCAAGUAUGAUGUCAUCAAAUCAUAUUUUCUUAUUAAAGGGCUUUGUGUAAAUAAAUAUAUUUGGAAA